CCCACGGAAGUGAUUACUCAUGUAGCUAAUCGACUUCCCGUAGGGGGAUAGACGGUUCUCAGAAGAGAAGUUAGCGCGUCGGUCAGGUGGUGUAAAACAAAGCUAGCUGUUAAUUAAAAGGAAUAAUGGAUGGGGAAGAAAAGGCUUAUGGAGGCUGUGAAGGCCCGGACGCUAUGUAUGUAAAGCUGAUUUCCUCAGAUGGCCAUGAAUUUAUUGUGAAGAGAGAGCAUGCUUUGACUUCUGGAACCAUCAAAGCCAUGUUGAGUGGCCCUGGUCAGUUUGCUGAAAAUGAAACUAAUGAAGUAAAUUUCCGGGAGAUCCCGUCUCACGUCCUUUCCAAAGUGUGCAUGUACUUUACCUACAAGGUCCGCUACACCAACAGCUCCACGGAGAUCCCCGAAUUCCCCAUCGCUCCUGAGAUCGCACUGGAACUGUUGAUGGCUGCUAACUUCCUAGAUUGUUAAAUGACUUAUAAUUAUAUUGCAAAAAUGUUUAGGUUUUCUUUUCCUGUUGUGGUUUUGUUUUUAAAUAGUAUUUAAUUGUUUGCUAUUGGAAGAUUUUCUAUACAGUUGAAUAUGCGAUGGAAUGUCCGGGUGUAGGCAGUAUAAAAUCUGAAAGUUGCUUGUUUUGUAUGAAUUUCUUUUAUAUUCUUUACUGUUUUUUUUGUUUAGUUUUUUUUUUCCCCCCAACAGAACUCUAUUCCACUAUUUUGUCCUAUAUUGGAUAACAACAACAUAAAGGGUCACUUUAUUAGUAUAAACUGAUCUGGCUGUACCAGACUAGUAAUUUGUAAUGUUCCUACAAACCUUAUUAUUGUAUCAGUUCUGUGUAUGUAUGUAAGCAUGCAUGAAGUGGAAUCAUUCAUAUAGACAACUUUUUUUCUUGUAUAUCUGUUUAAUGUUUAACAACAUUAAAGUCAGGAAAGUGGAUAAUUUAAUCAGUCCUAAAAAUGCAGACCUUGAAUAUCCUCAAGACUGCAUACUUCGUGCAGUUGUGUCUGUGUGCUUUGAAAAGUAUUAGUGUUUUUUAAUGCUUUUCCCAUACAUUUCGGUGGAUGAGGUUUCUAUUUCUUAUAUUUCAUAUAGAUUAUUAUUUUUUAUGUUUAUACACAAAGGCUGCUGUGCUUUUUCAGGUGUCAUCAUUAAUAAUUAUGAUUAUAUUGCCCAUUGUACAGUUCAAUUUUACACGAUGAUGAUAGACAUCUACAUUGUUUUUGUCAUGAGGCAGUGUUAUACAAAGGAUGUGAACUGUGUGAUGUGUUAUGAUUGAAUAAGGCAUUUAAGGCCAAGAACAGUUGUGAGUCGGACAUGCUAAUGGGUUUAUGUAACUGGGGGGGGGGGGUUUCAAACCUGGGGACCCCAUGUGUCUUCUGGUUUUCAUUCUAACUGAGCUCUCAAUCACUCAACUAAACCCUUAAUUUAACUAAUUUGCUUAAUUAGGCCUUUUUAAUUGUUUUCAGUUCUUAUACAGUUGCAGAGUUCGUUAAUUGCAAAAUGUUAUAGGUAACUUGAAAUCUGCAACUCUAAGCUGAAAACAAGUAAAAAGGUCUAAUUAAGCAAAUUAUCAGUUCAAUUAAGGGUCUAUUUAAGUAACUGAGAGCUCAGUUGGAAUGGAAAACCAGCAGAUGCAGGGGGUCCACAGGACCAUGUUUGAGAAGUUCUGAUAAACUUAUGUUUGCCGUUGCAGACAAAAGUAUUGGCACCCUGCACUUAUUAUACCAUAAUUGAAGGUAACAUUAAAUAAUGUAAUAAACUUGAACCACUUCUUAAUAAAACAAAAAGCAAAAUGUAUUUUUUUGUAGUCUUUAUCAAAGAAUAAGCAAGUGUAUUUCAUUAGAAGUAUUCGUUAAUGACAAAAGUACUGGCACCCCUGAUUUAGUAUUUUGUCUGUUCUGUUUUUGCUUUUAUUAAAGCUUUUGGAUGUUUAUGAUUUUAACCAGUAUGUUACAUUCUAGUUGGUGAAAUCUGGGCCCAGUCUGUAUUGCAUAUUUCCUUCAGCUCAGACAGAUUGAAUACUUGGCAACAGCUUUUAUUUCAGAUCAGUUCAAAGCAUUUCUAUUGAUUUGAAUUUUUAUCUUUCGUUUUCUUAAAGAAUUCCAGUUGACUUGGUCGAUUGCUUUGGGUCGUUGUCGUUGGGAGAUAAACUCUGCCAAUCGGCCUGUGAGCAGAUGGUAUAAUUGUAUUUUCUAGAAUGUUUUGGUAGAUGGCUGCAUUCAUUUGCUCUUCAAUCACAUGGUUGUCCAGUCCAGUUCCCAUAUCAAUAUUGAACCACCUCCAUAUUUAACUAGGUACAAGGCUUUCUUCAUUGAAGGAGUUCCUGUUUUAUUUUGUUUUUUUAUCCAAACACUAAGGUCUCUUUCUGGGGAAAAGUUAUAUUUUAGUUUCAUUGGACCAUAAAAUUGAGUUAAAGACUGCUUUUGAUUCCUGUUCAUAUUUCUUGGCAAAUUUUUAGACCGUUUUGUUUAUGAACUUUCUAAGUGGUUUGCAGGGAGGUCUGCAUGCAUACAACUCUUCUGUGUUCAGCAGCUUUGUACAGCUCUUUUGUACACUAUUAUGUCUGAUACUUCUAAAUCUUUCUAAGUCCUUGGCUGUUAAUCUUAAAUUUUUUUAGCUGCUCAGUUGAUUCACCUACCUGUUGUACCCCAAAAUGUUCUUUAGACAUCCACUUUUUUCAAGCAUUUCAGUUUCAUUUGUCCUGUGGUGCCUCUUAAUUAUUGCUCUGAUUUGAGGAUAUUGGUAUUUUUUGUAGCCAUUUCCUUUGUUUGUAGUUUGCUACGAGUACUUUUCUCAAAUGUGAAUCCAACUUCUUUGUCUCGAUCAUCAUCAGAAUGUUUUUCUUCAGCACAUGCUGGAAAUAAUUACCUCUUCUGGCUAUUGCCUUUAUAAUGCAGCUUAAUUACUGUGCAAUUGUUUUUAAUCAGUGAGUAUGUUUUACUGUGCAAUUGUUUUUAAUCAGUGAGUAUAUUUAAUUAGUUCUAUAACAUUUUUAGAGACUUUUAAUGUAAAGGUGCCAAUACUUUUGUCAUGAACAAAUAUUUGAAAUUGCUAAAGUGCUUUUUUUAAAAAAAAAAAAUUAUGAAGAGUGUUAAACUAUCAAAGUGUAUAUUUUGGUCUGUCAUUAAUUAGUGGCUAAUAUUCACUAAAUGUUGUUUUUUUUUUUUUUUUCUUGAAUUAUCUUAUAUUAAGUGUAGCAUACCAAUACUUUUGUCUGACUGUAUAUCCUGGACUUAAACGUAACUUAAAUUCAUGGAGUAAUUGGGCCAAAAACAACUGAUUUUUUUUUUUUUUUUUUUUGUGCCCUAAAAAGCAACUCGUUAGGAGAGUGGGAAGACAACAGUUGUGUCUGAAAAGCACAAUGGUUUGUAGGUAGCAAGUAAAGGAGUGCAGGGAGUUAUGCAGCCUAUUAUAAGCCAAUUAGUGGUUCCUGUACAAUCACGUCAGAUAAUCAUUUGUUUACAGAUGUUCUUAGUCGAUGAGCAAUGACUUGACAUAGAUGAAAUCAACACACAACUGGUCAACAGAAGUAAGACUCUCCAGUCUUCUUUGUGUGUGCAUUCCAGGUUAAUUUAACUGCUGUAGCUCAAAGGGGGAGCAUUUGAGGUUUGAAUAUUAAAGCAAUUAGCCUUUGACUCUAAUUAAUGGCAUAUGGUAGAAAACGAUUCAGUACCGUCAGCCAAUCAGCAUCCAGUUCUGGCGGGCUCUAAUAGACGGUAGACGCCCGCUAGAAUGUCUCGGCACCAAAUGUGAAAAUCAAAUCUGUGCAAGUGCUUGCUUUUUCGUUUUGACUUGCUGUAUUUUUAAGCAUAGUUCACAUCUAUUGAACACUAAAUACUAAACAAAGACACAAUUGGUGCAAAUUCAUUUUAUCAUCCACCAGAUCCAGCCAAUCAAUACUUUGGAUCGACAAAAGCAACCAAUCCUGUACCUGCAAAUGCGAGAGCCAGUCACAGACUGUCAGCUCGACUGGAGCUCAGACACAGCAUCUUUCAACAACAAAGCCAUUUAUUAAGAAAAAUGCUGUUUUUUGAGAACAGUAACAUAUUUGGCGCAUGUGCAGAAAAACAGUGUGGACAGUACCUAACUGACCGAUUUCACAGCUAUUUUACUGUGGUACAAUAGCAGUGCAGUAACGGGAAAAUUUCAACUGCGACACAAGCAACAUUGAAGCAACAUUUGAACAAACUACCACAUUUAUUGAACAAAAACUUACUAAUUGCAAACUAAAUGAAACAUUUAGCUAUCUAUCAAACAAAUCUUAUUCUAAUUCAAUUUUUUUUUACAAAGUAAAUUUCUAUUUGCAUUAAAUUUGAGAAGAGAAAGGAAGAUGACUAGAUAAACCAUUGUAGAGAUACCUUCUGAAAAGCAGCAAACAACCAAAGACAGAACGUUAUCAAAUAUAGUAGUCUCAACCAGUUAUCAAACAUAUGUUGUUUUUUAAACUUUUUCUAAGAAUGUUUGAGUAUUGCUGUAGUGUUGAACCAACCGUAGAUAUCAAUAUUUCAUUUAGCAAAAUAUGGGUUCUUACAAAAAAAUGUAGGUUUAUAGUUCAAGAUAUAAUAGUGUUCUUCCAUUACAGUACUGGAGGGCCAAGGUGCUUCUGGAUUUCAUUCCAUCAAAUCCAUUCAAUUCCAUAAUUGGCUUUAUUGGACCAAUUUAACCCUUUUUCUAGGAACUUCAGUACUGUAAUUGAAGAACACUACAAUAACACAAAAUUAAUAAAAGUAAAAAUAAAUCAAAGCAGUAUGUAUUUAAAUACAUUUGUUUGCAUUAAACAAAAGGGGGGGGGGUUACAUAUUUGGACUGAUCAGAUCAAGGGGUCAUGCUGCAGAGAUGAUACACUUAAGUUUUUUUCUUGCUGCCACUGCUAAACUGGUGUGUUGCACCAUUUAUUUAUUCAUUUCUGCACCAAUGCGGCAUAUGACAAAUUUGUUGACAAUUUUGUCAGCAAGAAGAAUUGGCAUGCCCUGGGUGUAGCUCAACAAUUGAGCUAAAAGAUGUUGACUGUUUACAGCACAACUUCAAUUUCUUGCGUCAUACUGGUUCUUGCCCAGACAGAGGGUAGUAUGGACUGCAAUUGAUCAUAAAAAUUG